UCUUAAUUUUAACGAUUAACCCUAUGGAUUCCUUUAGAUUUCAUCCAAACUGCAUCUGGGUUUAUGAUUAAUUUACUUCUGUCUCUUUUUUUUUUGUUAACCUAAGGGAAUAAUUCUGAUCUUGAUUAAUCUUUUUGGUUUGAUUUCUUUCUUUUCGGAUAAAAUUUAAUUUAUUUGUCUUAUAUGAUCAUAACUGAAUCUGGAUUUGUUUUAAUGUGCUUGAAUUUUUGUUUUUGACUUGUUAUUUUCAUGCUUAAUUUAUAAUAAAUGUCAUACGAAAUUUGGAAAUGGUUGAAGCGAUGCAAUUGAUGCAUAUUUUCAUAUUUGUAAUUUAUUCACACAUGAAUUUCAAUCUCAUAAAUUGAAUAUUAUUAUCCUAGGGAUUCAAAGAGUGCCGUAUAGAGGUGUUGAAAAAAGGCAGAUUUUUAAGAUAAUUGUUACUGGUAAUUUUUUAAAGUUUCAGAAAAAAAAUGCCAAAGGAUAGAAGGGUUGGUUCCUUUUUUUUUGAACGCUCUAGGGUCUCUCCUUACCCAUGUAGUUCCAGGGGCAGGGAUGCCAAACAAUGCCAACAUGAGGAUCCUUUGGAACUAGAAUUUGGACUUGAGGAUGUUAAAGAGUGGGAGGAUGCAAGGUGUCCUAUUUGCAUGGAACACCCACAUAAUGCGGAAAUUCCUUUGGGAAACUUGACCUCUACUUCUGAUGGUUGGAGGAAUCCACCGCCUUUUUUUGAUCAGCAAACCGAGGCUGGUAGUGAUAAGCAGCCAAAGCUUCUUUGCCCUCUUUGUCGAGGAGAGAUUUAUGGCUGGAGCGUGGUAGAAGCUGCACGUCAGUUUAUGAACUCCAAACCCAGGAGUUGUUCUUCAGAGACAUGCGAUUUCACUGGGACUUACGGUGAACUCAGGAAGCAUGCUAGGUCUGCUCAUCCUUUGGUCCGGCCAACUGAAGUUGAUCCAGAACGACAGCGUGAUUGGUCUAGGUUGGAGCGUGAAAGGGAUUAUGAGGACAUGCUGAGUUCAAUCCAACCAGUUGCUAGGGAAGAAAGUAAUGGAGAAAGCAUUUCAGAUCUUGAGGAUUUUCGUUCGUGGUUGACAAUAAAUCUUGCAUACUUGACACUUGCACUUGAGUUCAUUAGUGAUUCAAGAAACAACGAACAUGAUAGAUUUAGGAGGAGACCAGGGAAUAGGAGGUUCAGGUAUGAUCGAGAGUCUGAUCAUGGUACAAGGGAGAAUAAUAGUUCCACACCAGAUAGAGCACUCUUUGGCCACCGCAACAAUCCUACACCAGAAGAGAGAGUUCCAGGUAGACAUCGUGGCUCACAGGGAAUUCUCCAUUGGAGGAAUCGCAAUUCGCCAUCUGACAGAAUUCCCCAAGGCAGGCGUCAGAGUUCGCAAGCUGACCGAACUCAUCGUGGUCAAGGUGGAUUGCGAUGGCGAACACCUAGAUGGUCCACGUUCAAUGAUGGGCAGUGAUUGGAGCACAUUGUCUAAUGGUUCUUCCAGUCUCAGGUGGAAAUAAAAGCAGGAGGUCAGUGUCAGUGUUUAGGUCUAUUAAAUGUUAGACUUGGAAGUAGGAAGAUAAGCCAUUGUUAUCCCUUUUCUUUUUUCUUUUUAAUCACAGAAACAAUGUUUAAUGUUUGAAACAUCAAUUUCGCUUUUGAAAUAUCAUGUGCUUUUGCAAAAACUUUAUCCUCCAUUGUGAUUUAUAAGUUAUGAUUUUUUGCAGUGUGGGGAUUGUUUAUAAUGUUGUUGGAAGCAAUUUUGAGAAAUGAAUUUAUUUUCUUCA